AUGGAACAAAAAAGGGCUAAAUUUGUCUUGAAAGAAGGCAUUAUUUAUAAGAUUUACAGUUAUUUUGAUGUAUAUGAUCUUGUCAGGUUUGGAAGAAUAAGUAAAUAAAUGGAGAAAUUUUCUGUAUGAAAUUCCUAUGCCAAUUUUUGAAAAUUUGAAUCUGGAUUUGACUCAAGGGCUGAGUCCGUAUAAUAGAAAAAGAAUGAAAAAAUUUUUACUUGAUCAAAAUCCUGAAAUGAAAGAAAUCAUUAAUCGAUACGACGACAAUAAUGAAGCAAUUGAAGAUGAGUUUGAACUUGGCCCUAAAUGGAGGAAAGUACAACUACACCUGUUAUCUCAACAAAUUUAUGAGCAAGUUCACUUCUGUGCAGAGAUUAUGACAAAAAUUCAAGUGAUAAAAUCAAUCAAAAUAAAUUUCAACAAUGAUGACUUAUGUGAUGAUGAAAAUAACUUUACUACAACGCUGAAAUGAGUCAAGUACUUCUUAACUUCCAUCAGUAAAUUUUGAAAGACUGUCGAAAGAUUCGAAGUGAUCUUCCUGCGUUCGAACAGAAUAGAGAGAAAUGAACAAUAUGCUGAAGAAAUAAAGAAUUUCCUCCAAGCAAUCAGUGACCAAGAAACUCUCAAAGAAUCAAUGAAGGUAGUCAAAUUUGACUCGUAUGGCACAGAGAUAAUGGUUGGAUUAAUUUCAGGGUUUAAAAACCUUGAGGAGCUUAAAAUUGUUGACUGAAUAUACCUCGAAGGCGACUAUUUCCCCAUCAUCAAGGCAACUUGUCUUCAAAAAUUGAACUUGAGUGGAAGUCAUCAGAUUGAAUCCAGUCACAUUCAAAUGUUGGUUGAGAGAAACUCCCAAACACUACGAAGUCUUAAGCUUGAUGGAGAGAAUAUCGAUGGAGAAGAGCUCACUCAAAUAAUAGCUGAACUAAAGACUUUAGAGGAACUCUGAAUAUAUUAUGGCAAUUCAGCCAGCUCAGACUUGCUAAAAGUGAUCGCAAAGCAUAGCCAGACUCUGAAGAAACUUGUGAUUAGGAAAAACGAGAACUUUCUUGAGCAAGAUCUUGUAUUUUUCUUUGGGCAUAAAUUUCCUAAACUACAUACUCUAAUUCUUGAUGAAUGCAAUAAUUUAGAUACUGAAGGAGUUAAAUAAGAUCGCAACUAAUUGUCUAGCUCUUAGGUAUUAUAGCUCAGAAUGGUGUCUAAAGAUAGACCCUUGAGCAAUAGAGAAUUUGAUCCUAAACUGUGAAAGCCUUGAAAAUCUGAGCCUUUCAGGAAUGAAAACUUUGGACGAUACAGUUUUCUCAAAGUUAUUCGCUCAUGUAAAGGAUGGGAAAGGCAUAGUUCCACUCAAACUAAAGGAGAUUAAUUUUAAAAUGUGAAAUUAUCUGUCAAAACCAGUACUUGAACAAAUGAAAGAGUACUACCCCAACUGAACAGUGAUUGAUUAUUAUGGGGAACCAGUUGAAUGUGAUGACAAUGAAGCCUCAAAUAAUAGCUCUUUUUAAUGCAAGAAUUCAAUAUA